AUGGAAAUAAUUAUUACCGAUACAAUAAAUAAUAAUAAUAGCAAUGAUAACAAUCACACAAAUUGUUGCAUUGUAGAAAAUUGUAUUUUAAAUAAAGAUAUUCUAAAAGAAUUAGAGGAUGUGGAACUACAUUUUCUAUUUCAUUUCAAAAAAUGUCUUGAAUGUAACUAUCCAAUUGACCAUAAAUUAAUGGAAGUAGAUAAUAUAUUUAUUAAGAAUGAUCUUAAAGAUAUUUUAUCAAACCACAAAAGCAGUAUCAGACAUAAAAUAAUUCUUAAAAAAACUUCAUUUUACAGAAAGCGAUUCAAUUCAGUUAUUGAUAUGGAUACAUUUUUUUCUAAAACAAAUAAUCAAGAAAAAAUUGUAGAACAUGUAAUUAAAAGGAUAGAUAUUAAAAAUGAAAAUAAUAAUGAAAAUAAUCAUAAAAUUAAUGAUGAAAAUAAUAAUGAAAAUAAUAAUAAUCAUAAAAAUAAUCAUAAAAAAAAUAAAGAAAAUAAUCAUAAAAAUAAUAAUGAAAAUAAUAAUAAUGUAAAUAAAAAUGUAAAUAAAAACAAAAGUAAUGAUGACUACCAUUGUAAUCCAAAGAAAAUAAAACUUAGUCAUAAUGAAAAUAGUAACAAAUUUCCAAAAAUUAAAGUAAAUGACCAAGAAAAUUUAAAAUAUAUUUAUACAACGCUAGCUGAAGAUGAAAUAUCAAUAAAUACAAUUCAAAAGAUAUUUGAAAACAAAAAGCUGGUUGAAGCUUUACAAAGCUCAGAUUUAAAGACCCUCGAAAAGAACUUUAUAAACCUUCCUUUUCAACUAAAGCCUAUAAUCUUUAAAUCAAACUGUAUAAACCCAGACUCAUGUGUGUGCACUAAAGAUAGUCUAUCACCUCACACCUAUUGGUCAUUUGACAUUAUAGAAUUGUUUAAAUGUAUAUUAUUAACAGAUCUAGUUAAUGACAUUUCAUUUUACCCAAUUGAUUCUGUUACUUUUUCGCUCUACUCGUCCUCCCAACACUUUUUCCGUAUAUUUAAUGAAAACUCAAAGUCAUUAAACAUAGUGUUAAAAAUAAAUAUAGACAUCGAAGAAAUUGAUGGAGGUUUGUGUAAUGUAGUUUAUACAUCUAUUGGCAACACAGUAAGCUGCUCAGUAAAUCAAAGGUUUUAUCUUGGAUGUUUUCCUUUAUGCGUUUCUUUUCAAGAAGCUUUUGUAAAUAUUUUAAAACCAUUGCUCUAUUCUCGUGAAGAAGUCUAUGCCACUAUCAAAAUCCCACCUAUAGAUCCAACUGAUAAAUCAAAUCCCCUACCAGUAAAGGCUAUUGAAGAAGCGGUUUCAAGAAAAGAAUUCUAUACAAAACACAAAAGAAUUAAAGAGCUUGAAAGUAAAAUUGGUUUAAAUGAAAACUUUAUAAAUCAACUUAUAUCAAAUUUAAAUAAAAUCAUUAAUGAAGAAAAGCUAAAAAAUAAAAGGGAUCAGCAUCAGCAAAAUGAACAAGAAAAGGAAAUAAAAGAAAAAGAUGAUGAUGUUUGCAAACAUUUAAAUAAUAAUACAAAUUUUCAUAAAAUAUUAAAAUCCCAAAGUGAACUUUCAAAACAUGAACCACAUCAAUAUAAUAACUUAGGUUUUUCAAACAUCAAGGGGGCGUAUGACAAUAAUCCACAAUAUAGUUCUUUCUUUUCAAUAAAGUUUACAGUAUUGGAUGUUUCAGGGAACAAUUCCCAAGCAAGUGAUUUAUUUUCACAGAUCUUUUCUAAACCGGAAAAGCCCUGCUGUCUCUGUGAGCACCCAAAGAAUCAAAUUAUAAACUUUGAUCAAGAUUAUUUAAGAAAAAGUAUUGAUGAUAAUUUUACUCCUUUGUUUCUAAGAAGAAUGAAAGAAAAGAUAGCAGAUCCACCCACAGUGGAUCAUUUUUUCACAUUGUUUAAAGCAAUUUUGGGUAUAGAUUACUCUUCAAUUCCUUUUUUUCUAUUAAACUUUAAAGAUUUAUACAACCCAAUGGACAUCCUAUUUAUAAAAGAGCUUGAUUUAUUAUUUUCCGAACUCAGUUUUUUAUUAAGUCUUAUUUCAAGUUUAAAUAAAUUUGAAACCAUUCCAUUCGUUGAAGACACAAACCUAUUUGUUCAGUUCGUUUUGGAAUUGCAAUCAAAAGAAAUAUUGACAGCAAAUCAUUCUAAAUGUCUAUUUCUUCAUUUAAAAUAUUUCUUUAAAUUAAAAAAAGAGUCAUUUGUAGAGGAAGAUUUAAGUCAAUUGAAUAAUGACAUUAUCGAUCAUCAUAAAUUAUUCAUGGAAAUUUAUAAGGAGUUUUUUGUAAAAGAUAAUCAAGAAAAAAUUCUUUUAAACCUGCAUUCUUCAAAGCAUUGGAGAUUCCUCAUUUCUAUGUAUGGCUCACCGAUUUAUUACAGUAUAGUAUCUUAUAAUAAAGAACUAAACAGAAAUAAAAUAUUUAGUAUCGCUGAACACUCAAAUCAAUAUAUCGAAAAUUUGAGCAAACAGUUUAACUUAAUUAAUGAAAAAUCGAUGAAGCCCCCCCAUAUUACAUUUGGAAAAAUUAUGGAUGGUUCAAAAGAAGAAAUAUAUUCAUUUGUUAGAAUUAAUGGCAGGAUAUAUAAACCAAAUUACCAUUAUUGCAUUUAUGGAGGUGAGGCUGAUGAAUGGUAUUGUCAGAUUCAAAAAAUCACAAAUGAAAAUGUUUAUAUUUUUUAUUUUGAAUCUGAUUCAAGAAAAAAAAAGAAUGGUAUAAUAGGUGAAGUUUUCAAAAAUAACUAUACGCUCAAUAAAAAUAAAGCCUACGCCAUUUCUUUAAUCAAGGAUCCUGAAACUUUAUUGGAACGUGUUUUCCCCAUUUUAUUAGACGGAUAUUAUUAUUUUCCUUCAAACGGAAAAGAAUAA